AUGGUAGGAAUAGACAUGGAAAUUCACCUGGUUCGGAAGGGGCGGGCCUAUGCGCCCUGGGCCCCGCCCCAACCUGGUACUCGGGGGCGGGGUUACGAGUCAGGGGAGGGGCCGGAGCGCGAGUUGGUGGCGGUUUUUUCGACCCCGCGGUUCGGUAUCCUUGGCCGCCAGAGCCGGCUUCCCGGGCCCGACCGAGCUGAGAGUUUUGUGAGCCGUAACAGUGCCUUCUGCCGGAAAAAGAGGACAGAGAUUUGUCUUUGCCAUGUUCUAAUGAACAAAGCAUUUGAAUUAGUAGGAAUGAAGCUAUUGAAAAAUGAAAAGGAAUUAGAAUUUGAAGAUUCAAACAGUAGUCUCUACAGUUUUCUAGACAAUAAAUCACCUUAUAUUUUUUGCAAAAGAGAAAAGGAUUCUGGGAAUGGGUUAACUGAUGAAAUAAAAGCAAAGGAAUCUUUAAGACCAGGAGAUGAAAUGAUUUCAAAUCCUCUAGCACAAGAGAUUGGUGAGGAAAGAAUAGAGGAACCUAUUCAUACAAUGAGUAGGAAUAUGGCUUUACCUCCAAAUAUCAUAGUUGAUAAACCUGUUCUCUCACUUUCAAAAAAAGAUGUUUGGAAACAACAGACAUUUCUAUAUAUUUUUUGACCCAUUCACCUUCCAUUCUUGGAAAAUAUUUUGAAGCCUCCUGUUAAAACACAAAAUCUUCAAUUAAGUGAAGAGGAGGAUCUUAUUCUCUCAAACACUUGUCUAGACAAAGAGGUUAAUCUAAGCUUAUGUUUACCUGAAAUUGACAACUGGUUUAUUAAUGCAGCAAUUAAAUGUUGCUAUUUCCCUGACCAGUUAUAGUUACAGUUAUUCAGCAGUUAGUACAAAGUGGAAAAGACAGGAUUGAGUAUACAGAAGAAGAUACUCUUUGAUGUUGUAGUAAAAUACUAUAAUCAAGAGAGAGAUUGCCUAUUAACUGAUGAGUAUUCUGAUAUUCAGUUAGGAAUUAUUGAACUUUUAGGACUACUUACCUUUAUGCCUAUUGUAUCAGAACCUAAUACCCUCAAGUUACAGAAACAGUAUGAUAACAAAACAGUGGUCCUGAAAACUCUUGUCAAAGCAGUUUUGCAAACGAGAUCAUUAUUAAAAGUAUGGGCAGAACAACUAGUCUGGUUUUUACUGAAGUAUCACUCUGAGAUAUUCAAGAAUCCAGUUACUUUAUUGGAUCUGGUUGUAAGAAACUUAAGAAGCGGGAAACUUCUUCUCCAUGUAGAAGAUCCAGAUGCCAUAUCAGGUUUCACAUUUUGCCAACACUUGACAAAGAGUUUGGAGAAAAAAGGAAGGACAGUAAGGACAGUUCAGUAUCUUCACCAAUUGGCUCUUCAGAUUAAUAGUAACCUCAGCAUCUCUUUGAACAAGCAAAAAAAAAAAAAAAAGAAAUUAAUUAAGGAAUUUAAAAAAUACCCUCCAGAAGCUUUCAAAAACACACUCCAGAAGUUUAACAUUUCUGGGGCAAGAAACUACAGUUUGUAA